AUGUCUGGACGUGGCAAGCAAGGAGGCAAAGUUCGCGCCAAGGCCAAGACCCGCUCUUCUCGCGCCGGGCUCCAGUUUCCCGUGGGCCGAGUGCACCGCCUGCUCCGCAAGGGCAACUACGCUGAGCGGGUCGGGGCCGGCGCACCGGUGUACCUGGCGGCAGUGUUGGAGUACCUGACGGCCGAGAUCCUGGAGCUGGCGGGCAACGCGGCCCGCGACAACAAAAAGACGCGUAUCAUCCCGCGUCACCUGCAGCUGGCUAUCCGCAACGACGAGGAGCUCAACAAGCUGCUAGGCAAAGUCACCAUCGCUCAGGGCGGCGUCCUGCCCAACAUCCAGGCGGUGCUGCUGCCCAAGAAGACCGAGAGCCACCACAAGGCCAAGGGCAAGUAAGGCCUCAAGAGCAACGCCAUCGAAACCAAAGGCUCUUUUCAGAGCCACCUACUUUUUCUGCGGAGGAGCUGGGACAGUAUAGUUUCACUUAAUUCCAUUGUCAUUGCCUGGGGAAAAGAAAUUACUUCAUGUAAUUUAUUUGGCAAGCAGUUUCAGCCACUUUAAAGGAUUCCUAGUCAUGUCCUCGGAAUGUCAGGAAAAAAUCAAGAGCUUUGGUAAAGAAGUGAGUGUCAGGCUUAUUUGCAGUAACUCGACCUCUCUGCUCUAUGCCUUGAUUCCUGCAAUAUCAAGUCACCUUUUGUUGAGCUUAAAACAAUGUGCAGUGAAUUAGGUGCCUAUCUGAACUUGACGCGGGUUGUUU